GAGCCGACCAAUGGAGUGCGAGCUCCGUCGAGAGUAAUGUUAGAGAACGGAGGAGUGAAGACACUGCGUAUCGCCUCACACAACAGCCAUUGCCCAGCACCGAGAGCCCAGUUGCAGUUCUUCCAUUUAGCGUUUGGCUUCAGGUGUUUUCCCACGCCAGGAUGAGGAAAGAUCCGGCAAAGCCCAGGGGCAAGAUGUCCUCCUACGCCUACUUCGUGCAGACGUGCCGGGAGGAGCACAAGAAGAAGCAUCCCGACGCCUCGGUCAACUUUGCCGAGUUCUCCAAGAAGUGCUCCGAGAGAUGGAAGACGAUGUCGGCCAAGGAGAAGGGCAAGUUUGAGGACCUGGCCAAGCAGGACAAGGCUCGUUACGAGCGGGAGAUGAUGAACUACGUGCCGGCCCGCGGAGGAAAGAAGAAGAAGUUCAAGGACCCCAACGCCCCCAAGAGGCCCCCGUCCGCCUUCUUCAUCUUCUGCUCCGAGUACCGUCCCAAGGUGAAGGGCGAGACUCCGGGCCUGACCAUCGGCGACGUGGCCAAGAGGCUGGGCGAGAUGUGGAACAGAACCUCGGCCGAGAACAAGCAGCCCUUUGAGAAGAAGGCGGCCAAGCUGAAGGAGAAGUACGAGAAGGACGUGGCGGCGUACCGUGCCAAGGGCAAGGCGGGUGGCGGUGGCGCCCCGGCGGCCAAAGCAGCGGCCAAGGUGGAGAAAGACGACGAGGACGACGAUGAGGAAGAGGACGAGGAUGAUGAGGAAGAGGACGAGGAUGACGACGAGGACGACGAGUAGUCGUUCUGGGCGGCGUUGGCGGUGAUGUUGUUUGUAAAGCAUUUAAGACGCCCCAUGUACACACUUCACUUCCAAAAGCAAAUCCAUUCGUUGCAUCCGAGGGGCGAAGCGGUUGGGGGCGGGCUUAAAAAAAAAAUGCAGAAAAAGGCUGUGUAUAUCACUUGUUUUUAUGCUGUACAGUUUGUUUCUCCUUUUUGUAUAGUUAACACUACACACGUCUGGUGUCCAUGUCCUCUUCUUGGUCUGCUUUCUCCUCCUUCGAAUCCUGGUCCGGCGGGACGGGGCUUGGGGGCUUACCGUAUUUAGCCUAGCUAGACGUGCACAGCACAUAAAAAAAAAAGAAAAAAGUCAAAAUCUUAGAUCUGAGUGUUCCUGUUUUAUCUGUGUUUUCAUUUUAUCGCCGUUUGACGUAUCACUUUUACUGAUCUUUAUGUACCACCCUCAUAGCAACACGAGAAGAAAUGGGGGGGAAAGACUCGUUUAUUGUUAAAAUUUAAAUUGCUUCUGAUGUCAAUAAACAUUUUUUUAAUAUG